AUGCCACCCAGUCUUCGAGUAUCCCAAUGGCUAGACCAGCAGUUUCAAAAACCUCGUGUUGAUCCAGAGUGGUUGGAAGGAUGUACGGAGUGGCUGGAAGGCGACCAGAACAUAUCUCCCGUUUCUCAGUUUUCUGAAUUUAUGGAUAAAGUUAAAGGACAACUUCUUGAAUCAGACCUGAUUGAUUCUAUGCUCCCUGGGACAGGCUUGGAUGCGCAUAUCUCGACUCUGUCUGGUUGCUUGAGUGGCCCUCCUGUUUUGGUACAGAUUACCGCUAUUACAGAAAUCGGAUCCAGCGCAUUUCAACUAGAUCAGAUUCGGACUGCAAGAGAAGAAAGGAAGCUAGCAGGUGUAGGGAACGAGGAGGGUGAAGAAGAUGGCGACAUUGAAGUUGAAGGAGAAGGACCUAUGCCCAAAUACCCUCGUGGAAUGCUUCGCUUUCAACUCACAGACGGUGCAACGUUGAUAGAAGCAAUGGAAUACCGUCGUAUACCUCAACUCACGUUAGGUACGACGCCUCUUGGUUUCAAGAUGCAACUCAAAGGUACCAAAUUCCAGAAUGGAAUGGCUAUGCUUGAACCAACCACCAUCGUUCUUCUGGGCGGAAAACAAGCCGAACUUGAGGCUAACCAAAAUUUGGAUUUCAAAAGGGGAUUAUACGCGAGGCUAGGCCGCCCUUUGACUCCAGUUACCCAAAAUCCCGAGCCAGCCCAAUACCGUUACGCAGACGUCCCAGGUGCUGCAAGAUCACCGUUACGUGAUAUCUCUCCUCCUCCCCUGCCUGCUCAAAUGUCACAGCAUGACGAUGACAUUGAAAUGGAACCACGAAGGCGUAUACCUGUUGAUUCUUCGUUGAACCGCGUUCCAAAUCAGGUCGGUUCGGACAAUUCUAGUCGUGACAGGGCUAUUGCUGCACUUCCUUCUCGGCAAAAUUGGACCAAGGCCGAUUGUGAUGCUCAAACGAACAGGAUCACACCCAGGGCAGAGCGGGCCACUUUGGUUUUCGCCGGCUCACAAUCAUCCAAAAGUACAACAUCUGAAUACUUUAACGGAAAUUCUGUAGCUUCUGGGUCAAAUAUAGCAAAACUACGAAGUCAGGAAAUCAACAAUACUGUUCAAAACUUGGACUUCAACUUGGAACCUACUGGGAGGCAAUUAUCACACACAUUACCGUCCCCAGAUUACUUUUCUGAUGUGGAUCAAUUUGAUUUUGACCUUCUUGACGAUGUGGAUAGAGAAAAUCAACAGCCUAUAUCCACCAACAAAGAAAUGGAAAGUCACGGCCCAUCUUCUGUUCCCCAAGAUCGUGACAUUCAAGACGCCAGCUCAGAUGACUACGGGAUGGAUGAUUUGACCGCCAUAGACACUUCAUUUCUGGAAGCAUGCGACAAAAUUGAGAAAGAUGCUAUCACUAAAACCGGAUUCGCACAUCCGUCUUCUUCGACUAAUGUACCGUUUAACUCAAACCCUUGCACAUCCUUAGUUUCCCCUCCUCUGUCCACCGUUGCUUCAUCAGGAGGUGCAUCUCGCAUAGUUGAUGUCAUCGAAAUCAAUGACUCCGACGAGGACGUUCUCGAGGCCGACGACAAAGAGAACGCACCUGUUGCGACAAGACAUGUCCGCCGUCGCACAGAUACGAACAGUCGGCCUUCUCGAUCUCAGAGUCACAGGAGCCAAAACACUCUCAAGAAACCAGGUCAACCCAUUGUUCUUGCAACUAAUCCAGAUGAUAUAAUUGAUAUAUCUGACUCUGACUGA